AUGACGAUGAGGGGGCUCCUCCGGUGCGUGUCCACGGGGGCGUGCAGGGUGGCGCCGGGCGCCGUGGCGGAGCCGGUGCCGGCGUCUCCGCGUUCCACCGGCGGGAAGGUCCCCGCGGGGCACGUGCCGGUGGAGGUCGGCGCGGAGGGGGAGGAAACGCAGCGGUUCGUCGUCCCCGCCGAGCUGCUGGGCCGCCCGCCCAUCGCCGAGCUGCUCCGCCGCGCCGCGCAGGAGUACGGCUACACGCGCCGGGGGCCGCUUCGCAUCCCCUGCCCCGUCGCCGCGUUCCGCCGCCUCCUCGGCGCGCUCGCGGGGACCGGCGCCGGCGCACCCGACGGGGCGCUCACGCUCGCUUACUUCACCGUGGUCGUCUGA